GAUCCAAGCCCUUCACGUGUAAGAUCUGCAACUUUGCAACUGCUCAGCUGGGAGACGCCAGGAACCACGUGAAGAGACACCUCGGCAUGAGAGAGUACAAGAGAGAAGUCCUAUCUGUGUGACCUGUGUGGCUUUGCUGGAGGCACAAGACACGCCCUCACCAAACACAGGCGCCAACACACAGGAGAGAGACCCUUCAAAUGUAAGCUCUGCAGCUUCGCCUCCACCACGCAGUCCCACCUAUCGCGGCACAAUCGUGUUCACACUGGGGAGAAACCGUACCGCUGCCCCUGGUGCGACUACAGAUCCAACUGUGCUGAGAACAUCCGGAAGCACAUCCUCCAUACAGGCAAACACGAGGGUGUGAAGAUGUACAACUGUCCCAAAUGUAACUAUGCCACCAACUCUCCCAUGGAGUUCCGCAACCACCUGAAGGAAAAUCACCCUGAUAUUGAGAAUCCAGACCUCGCCUACCUACAUGCAGGUAUCGUGUCCAAGUCUUUCGAGUGUCGUCUGAAGGGUCAGGGGGCUACGUUUGUGGAAUCGGAAGCCAUGGACUCCCCCGUCAGCAAGAAAGGUUCAUCUGAUGCAUCCAGCCUGGAUGAUUCUGUCCAGCAGGUCAUCAUCAUCCAGGGCUACGGCGACGGGGAGGUGGCCAUCGACCAGGCCCUGGAGGAGUCAGCUGCUGCCACCUUGCAGACGCUGGCUAUGGCCGGCCAGGUGGCAGAGGUGCUCCACAUCACCGAAGACGGACAAGUUAUUGCCUCGGGCAGGGAGGUAGCAUCCGCGGGGGCCCACCUGGCUGGAGGCAGCACCCAGUAUGUGGUGCUGGAGUCGGGGGAGGCCAGGAAAGGGUUGCGGGCCAUAGCUAGAGGAGGGGUCGCAGCCUCAGGACAAAGUCACAUUGUUUCCGAGUCGUCCACAGCUCUGGACGCUCUGCUCAGCGCCGUCAGCGAAAUGGGCCAUCAGGAGGAAAUGCAAGGAGAGGCUGCCGUCGUUCAUGAGGUCUUGACACCGGAGAUAGCCGAGGCUGCGCGGAGGGGAUCGCACCCGAACAUUAAAGAGGAACAGGAGGUGCAGGUCAUCCAGGAGGCCGGCCAGGAGGAGAUGCAGGAGGUGCUGCAGCUUGCCGCGUCCCAGAUGAUGAAGGAAGGUCUAACCCAGGUUAUCGUUAAUGAUGAAGGAACCCAUUACAUUGUGACAGAGCUGGACAACUGCACCUUGCAGGUGGAGGGAGGCGUGUACGGAGAGGCCGGGGCAGGCGAUGGGGAGGUGCAGCAGACAGAGCAGCAGGCUGGAGAAGAGAUGGUGGUCUAUCUGGAUGAAUCUCCUCAUAAUAUAGUUCUGGAAGGGUAGAGGAGAGAGAGAUUUACUAAAAGAGGUACAUUUAUUGUUUCAUUUCAGUUUUUUAAUUCUGUUAAAGGCUGCAUUAGGCCAAAUGUUUGCCAGUAAAUCUCCUACAGUUUUCCUUUUCCCUUGUCCUAUUUAAUUUUACCCAGUUUGAUUUUUUAUCUAUUUUUUUUUUUUUUUUUACAUCAUUCUGUAUUCAGCUUUUUACUAUCCUCUCUUGGGCUAUUCUAAACUCAGGUUAAACAUCAUUUAUUUAGAGAGACGGUGAAAGAGGUUUUGGUGCUAAGUGAGUUAACUUGCAAUCCUUACAACCACCAAGACUACACAAACCUCUUGAUCGAUGCCAUGCAACUUAUGGAAAUGAUUAUAUUUCCUCCUGAAAUAUUUUUUAAAAAUGCAUCUAACAUGCUGAGAGUAAAAUGAUUCAUUACAAAAGAAAAUGUGUAUUCUGCUCUGUAGUGGUAACAAUGGUUUUCCCGCAAAUGCUUUUUUUUCUUAAUACUACUACUGUUUAAUAUUAUUUCAAGUUUUGUUUGUGGUGUUAGAAUUUUGCUCACGUCAUAUGACACAAAGGUUUAUUCAUUUCUUUCCAUAUAUAUUAUCAUUUGUGAAACUAUAAGCUGAUGGUUUUUUUUAAAAAAUUCCAAAACCUUCAGAUGAUUUAUAUGUAACAAAAUAGAGUUGAUAAUUAUACAUGUCAGUUUUUUGACAAGCCCUCAGCUGUUUGCAAGUUCAGCUGUUGGGAAACCUCUAAAACAAUUAAUGCAAUUUCAUUUCUAACAAUAAAGACUGAGCUUCAUUUUUAA